UCUGAGAAGGGAUUAUCAUUUAGACGUUUUGAUUAGACGGCAUUGGCCAAGUUUUCUUCUCCUGGCUGAACUUGGUUGGGUUUUCUUGAGACAUGUCCAAGUUAGACGAAAGGGACCACAUAUUUCCCAACAGCAUAUUUCGUGCUAAAGGCCAUGACCAGAAUUGGGAAGUUGCACGCGGAAAACGGUCAUCUGCCCAAAAACACGCCAAGGACAUGGAAAGUCUAGUUGGCAAGCAUGUGGAACUGAGUCGCUCUGCACCAGUUAGUCAUGGUUUCCUCUUCCAUCCUUUGAAAACGGUGUCUCCUAAAACUUCUGCGACAUCCACAAGUGAGGUUGCCAUAGGCACGGAUGACAAGUUGCCCGUAUACGAAGUUUACUAUCCACACAUUUCACGAAGAGCGCCUGUAGUCAUGGAUAGUCCACACUCGGGAAGAUACUAUCCAGCAGAUUUUGGGUCAGCAACUCCUAUUAGUAAACUCCGUUGGGGAGAAGAUGCUUAUGUCGAUGAGUUGAUUCUGAGUGCUGUAGAUUCGGGUGCUGUCGUUUUGUAUGCACUGUUUCCGCGCUGCUAUAUAGAUGUAAACCGUUUUCCGAAUGAUAUCGAUAUGGAACUUGUAGAUGGAGAGUGGCCAGAAACUCUUGCUGUUUCAGAAAAGACAAAAAAAGGCCUUGGGUUGUUGCGAAAAUAUGUAGUUCCUGGUAUUCGUGUUUAUCAACGUAAACUUAGUGUUGCGGAAGUACAAUAUCGUUUGGAACAUUACUAUAGGGCAUAUCAUAGAGAACUUCAAAGACAGUUAGAAAGCACGUUUCAGGAGUUUGGAACCGUUUUUCAUAUUGAUUUUCAUUCCAUGAAGUCCAAAGGCAAUAAGAUGACUCCCGAUACGGAAGGUACUCGUAGACCGGAUAUGGUAGUUGGUAACUUGAGGGGAAAGAGUGCUGGCCCAGAGUUUACUUCAGUUGUUGUUGAUACUUUACAAGACUUGGGAUAUCGCAUUUCAUUGAAUGAACCUUAUGCAGGAGCUGCCAUAUUAAGAAUGUAUGGGAAUCCUCGUCAAGGACGUCACUGCAUUCAAAUAGAGGUUAAUAGAGAGCUUUACUUGGAUGAGAAGAGGGUUCGAAAGAUACCCGGGAAGUUUGAACGCCUUCGUGAUGACCUUUCCAUACUGUUUAGAAGAGUUUGUGCUUGGGCAAACGCUCAUCGCUCACCACAUGGCAAUCAACCUGGAAUUCGUCGCGUAUUCAGUUCCGAUGAUAUGUUGCUUCUCGAGGACGGUGGUGGUUUUUGUGAUGAUUCAGAUACUGAUUGGGAAAAUGUAAUGGAACAGGAAGACAGUGAGUCACAAUUGGAGGACGGUUUGGAGAUGGGUGACUAAUUACGCCCACACAUAUUCAGAUAUAUCCAUAUAUAGAUAUGGAAUAGCAUGAUCCACUCAUAUGAAACUAUACAAUUAGUCAAUAAUAUGGUUCAUAUUUUUUGAGACGCAAUCUUUCAUCUUGUAUUUAUGUAAAAUGUUGUCUCUAUAACAUGGAUUUUCUCAAU